AUGGAGGAAAACUUCUCUUAUAUCGAUGAGAAAUUGGCAAACUUUUUCAAAAUUGAUACCAUAGCAUUAACCACUGAGAUAAUUCAUUCCAGUCCAACGACAAAUGACAAUGGUGUAUUUCUGUGUUCAAAAAUUGCUAAUGAAUCAAACGACGAUGUCACCGUUUUGAAUUCUCGAAAACAGUUAAUACGAAAUAUUCAAAACAAGAUUCAUUUAUUAACAAAAGUUAAUGAAUUGAUUAUACUAAAUAAUGAAAUCUAUGCUCAUCUACUUACCGAUGUCUUCACACCGAUUGCUGUUUAUACUCAACAAGCGAACAAUGAACUUCGAAUUCUUCACGAAAAACAACUACAAUUGCAAAAUUCGUUGGCGAAGAAACCCAACGAUGACGCAACAAAUUUAGUACCAAGCGAGGAUUCUUCAUCGGAAAAUGAUCAACAAUCGGACUUUGACGAAGCAAUGAAAAAAGAAGUCGAACUUGUCGAACAACAGAUCUCUCAUCUGGCCACCGAAUCGUUUUCAUCACUGUUAAUUUUACUAUUAAAAUCAAUCGAAAAACAUCAAUUACCUGUCAUUGACCAAGUAUUAACGUUAACUUUACAAUUGUAUGAAAAUCUUCCCGUGAAUUAUUUAUCAUCGCAAACAAAGAACAAUCAAUUUCUAUUUCAGUCGUUGAUCUCAUUAACGAGUUACAUCAAUGAUCUACCAUUUAUUGAAGAUCAACUGAUGAAAACCAAAAUUAUAAAAAUUCUUCUCUGCUUUGCUGUAGCAAAGGGUUCGUUCAAAGACAUUCUUUCAUCGCUAAAUCUGUUGAUCUUCAAUACAACUGACAUUUUCGAUCUACGAAAUCUGUUCAUGCAAUUGAAUAACAAUUUAACAAAGAUAAUGAAAAAAGUCGAGUAUGACAGGUUGAAUUCGAUUGCUGAUGAAACUAAUGAAACAGAUUCAACGUCGAACAAAGAAUAUUCAAAUCAGCUUCCAUUGCUGCCAAUAAGCUACUUAACAUCUAUUAAUGCGUAUCCGAACGCAGAACUAUCGAAAAUCGAUGACCAACAGUUGACAGGAUCAUUCGUAGCAUCAAUUAUUUUAACGUAUUUAGAUUUUCAUAAUGAUAUGAACGGUAAUGAGCAAUAUGAAUCCGGAUCUAUGGAUAGUUCAAUUUCAUUCGAUUUUAAUCCGAAUGUUUUCAAAUUAUUCUUUAUUAUCAUCGACAAAUUGUCGAGCAAGGAGAUAUUUAACGAUGUAGAUAAGCACAUACUAGCAAUUUUAUUGAAACUAGCGGCGACGCAUUUAAAAUUUCUAUGUGUUAUGAAAGAAGAGUCACCUGUAGCGAAGGCUACCAAUGAAACUGAUCCGAUAGUUAACAUUUCUUAUGAUGAUUUACAGAAUUGGUUCGACUUACUCAUGAAAAUAACAUUUAAUGUUAAACAAAAUUUUGAAAAAACUACUGUGAAUGAAGAAGCAUUUAAAGUAUUGAAUUACGUCAUCUCUCUCAAAUUUUCCUCGUUUAUCGAUAAGUUAGCAUUUUACCAUAAAGUAAUCAUCGAAAAUCGAAAUCCGUUAUUGGUGAAACAAUCAUUGAUUGAACUAAAUAAACCUGCGAUAUUGAUCAACUGGAUUCAACUGCUUUGCGAAGACAGCCAGUUAGCCUUCACAAUCCUAUUCUCUUUCAUUGACAUGAUCUCUCAGUCAUCAUCAGAUGAUGAUCAAAUUUGGCAAAUUGUACGAUCAAUAGAGCGGCUUUUAUUUAUUCGACUUAUGCCAGAUGAUCGUGUGAAGCAUAUUUUAGAACAAGAUGAAGUUUAUGAGCCUACAAGUUUCUCAUCCGUUGCUGUUUCUGCGAUGAUUAAACUAAUGACCUACGUCUUAAAUAAGCCAAUGACUGAACAUCGUUUGUAUUCCACAUUGAUUUAUGUAUAUCUAAUGACAGAUACGAAGAAUCUGUUCCAUUAUUCUGUCAUUCAACCAGUAUUCAUUGAAAUUCUACCGUUAGUAUCUGAAUUGGUCAUAAAAAGUCCUGCUAAACAUGAUCAUCUCUACUGGUUGUUGAGCAGAAUGAUUCAUCUUCUCAUCAAUGGUUUGCCAGAAGAUUCAUUAGAACAAAAAUAUGCUGAUAAAUUACGCUCAUCUCUAUUUUCUGGUGGAUGUGAACAGCAGCUGAUAAUAAACGAUCGAUUUUCUCAAGAUUUGUUCCGAUCAAAUUUAGCUCGCGCAACUCAGUUCGAAUCCAGGGAUGAACCUAUGUCAAUCGAGCACGAAUUUUUAAUGUCGAUCUAUUACAACCGCGAUCAAGGUGCGCAGUUAAUCUCGAAACUGAGACCAUUCAGCCGACAUAAACAGUCAGUGUUGCAAAAAUCAAUUGUCGAGCACGCCGAUCAAGCUUGUGCUGCUAUCUUUGCAGUAUAUAUGAAGUAUUUUCGUCGGAUAAAUUUAGCCAAAGUCGAACUUACUCGUUCAAAUAAUCAAAAGCCACAACGGAAACUUCUCGCCAUGUUUGACUACGCCAUGAAUGUUUACAAUCUGUUCGCAACAACUAAAGGUCAAGGUGGCGAUUGUCAUCAACUAUCCAAUCAAAUCCAAGCAAAUACUCGAUUUUUAUUAACAGCAAUUAAAGAAAGUCAGUUAAUUCCGUUAAUUGAAAUCAAUCCAAAAGACGCACAACAAGAAUCCGCUAGUAAAACAUCGCGAUGGCAAAAGGAAAAGCAUCCGUUUCGAUUGAUUCGGAAUGUUUCGAAAGUGUCGAACCAAAUUCGAAAAAUUAUGCUAGCUAAUAGACAACUAGCCGAACAAAAUCAAGAUGCGGAGUACGUAUUGCAUAAGACAAUCGAUGAUUUUAUCUACAAGACGAAUGGCCAUCAAAACUAUGAAUUUCACGAGAUUAUCGAGUGCCUUCUUCGACAACACCGUCGAGCAAGCAUUCGAUUGAUGACAUAUCGAUUUCUAUUCACACUUAUCAGCAGCAAUUCGCUUGAUCAACAUGGUUUGCUUCUCUGUUUAUUGAAUUCAAAAGGUGCACACUUUGAGUGGACAUACUUGGAAAAUAUUCCUACGACAAAUGAUUCGAUCAAAGAACAAAUUAGUAAUACGUAUUAUUCAAUCAUCAAGUCCCUUAUUCAAUCUACGUCUUCGAUCCAUACACUUUUUCAUCUAUUGAAUUUACCUUAUGGGAAAAUCGAUGUUCAUCAAAUGUACGCAAACCAAUUUGUAGAAGUCUUAUUCAAAACUUACGUUGCAUCAAACAGUGCAGUUCCAUUCUAUAUAAAAUUUCUUGCAUACAAUUGGUUUCGUUUGUAUCUAUUGAAGUUAUGUGAAUUUAUCGACGUCGAAGGAGAACAAGAAGAUUUCGUUUUCUAUCAACUACUUUUACCGGAAUUAAAGCAAACCAAUCAGCAACAAUCGAUAGCAAAUCUCAAACGAUACUCGUUAACAAACACGGCAAUCGAUUGGUUUAUUCAAGCUGUCUCGAUCACUGAAAAUUCUCAACGUGAUACAGAACUCUACAUCAAUCAAUUCUUGCUACUUAUCUUACGCUGUCUUAGUUCGUAUCCAAAGGUUCGAAAUCAUUUCGCCACAGUUGACUACGUCGAACAGAUGUUAAGUAUCUAUCGAACAAGUCAAAAUAACAUAUCCAUCCUACUUUCGUUGAAAAUUCUCCGGUACUUGUUUCCGCUAUUACCUGAUAGUACCGGUGAAACACCGAACCUUUCAAUACAAAAUUUUUUCGCCGAUAUCUUUUCUGUCAUUUCGAAUAGUCUACCCGAGAUAUCAACAGAAUUGAUCUAUAUUAUUCGAACGAUCAUAUCGACUCCGUCACCAGGACAAUCGAUUGCUAUUCAAUUGAUCUUCAAGUUGAUUCUCUCAAAUGCAAAUCUAAAAUCUCCAGAUCAAAUCGAUAGUCUCUUUUCCUGCUUGUCGAUUCUCGGUGGUUGUAUGUAUCCUUACUGUUUAAGUUCCAUUAUUCGCGUGUAUUCCGAUGACCAAAGUAUUCGAGAUACUGAAUUGGCAGUUAUUAUUGAUAUUGAUCAAAAUGCACUGGAUUUAAAUGCACAAAAUGCUCGUCCGUAUGUAAUUCAAUAUGGUCAAACGAAUAAAACGGAAUCCAUCAGUGGAAAUCGAAUUCGAGUGGAAGUCGAUGUUUUACCGGCAAGUUUCGAUGAAACGAUCGGAUCGAUCUUCGAUGCUCUGAUGUCAUUUAUUCAAACGGAGACGUCAACGAUUGAACCUCUAUUGUUAAUCGAAUUAAAACGUCGAUCAAUUGCUACGCUCUAUCGAUUAUUAAAAAACCAAAAAUCGAUCGAUAUUUUUCUUCAAAAAUCGUAUGCAUCAGUUCUAGCUAAAUUAUCAACAUCGGAUUUAUAUACGAACAUCGAUCAUCAUCCAGUUGGUUUAGUAUUAUCGAAUAAACGACAUUUGGAACAGUAUUGUCUCAGUCUUGAUCGAUGCAAACAAAUGAAACAGAUCAUUGACGAUCCAAUGGAUGACACGAAAGACGAAUGCGUAUUGACUCAUUGGAAUGAUCAUCCUAUUCAUCAGGAUCAUUUAACAGAAGAGCUCCUUGCUACAAGUCUAUCAUCAGAUUAUCAAUGGAAAUCAGUCGUAUCGAAAAAAGAUAUGCAAUUCUACCGACACGGUCGAAUUGGACCUGACGAAAUCGAAAUUGUUCCAAUGCCGCUCACAAUUACAAAAACCUGGUUUCCCGAAGAAAGUGGAACUGCACAUCGAUUCCUUGGUCGAAUUUAUCUCAUAUCGGAAAGUGAUAAUGUCUCAAUAGUUACAUUUGUUCUCAAUAAUCUACGAUUAAGUGAAGGUAAAUGGUAUUACUGUGUUCGUUUACUUGAAGGUACAAAUACCCAAAUUGGCUGGGCAACAACCGGAUUCACUCCAACGGAUGCAGUUGGAAUGGGGAAUGAUAUCUAUUCGUGGUCGUAUGCUGGAUCAGAGAACAAACUUCUCAACAAUGGCGAAUUUAAAUAUUUGACGGAGAAUAUUCGUUGGGGAGCGGGUGAUGUCUGCGGCUGUGGUAUUGAGAUAUCUGAAAAUGAAAUUCGAAUUCAAUAUUGGUUAAACGGACAUUUCCUCGGCACAGCUUUUGAACAUCAGGCACCUAUUGCACAAACAACAACUCCGUGUAAUAUGUUGCCCAAUGGUUAUGGUGCAACUUAUUUCCCUGGUGUAACUCUAAGAGCUGCGAACUACGCCAUGUGUUCAUGUGAAUUUAUUUUUCAUCCAUAUGAUAUGUCAGACUGUCCGUUACCCAAAGGUUAUAAGCCACUGUUGUUGCCAACGCAAGGCGCUGUUGAACAAGCUGUAGUCCCUUAUCCUGAAAAUGCAUACUUACUGCAAGAUAAAGUUCCAAAUUAUCAUCAAACCAAAGACAAUACUCUAUUAAGAGAUUAUGUAAAUAAUAAUCAUCUCGAAAAUUCAUUCAAAUGCGAUGAUCAACAAGCUAUUUUGGCAAACGAAAGCAAUGGUUUUCCAUUGAAAAUCGACCAUCAAGGUUCAUUGACAAUUAGUUUCGACUUGAACAUGUUCACUAGCAUUACCACUCCCGAUGUGAUACUAGUAACAUUUUCUACAUCGAAUGACCUUUCUAUUCGAGUUCCAACCGAUAAAAUUACUCAAUCAACUCGAAUAGCAAUCGUAUUUGAUACAACUUCCCGGCACAUAAUUGUCUACAUAAAUAAUGAUUGUUUUAUACUGGAGAAAAUCACUUUACUCCCAGAUUAUAAUCUUUCAAUUUUACCUAAUCUUUCAGCCGGUAUAAAAAAUUUAGCUGUUUGGAAGUAUGCUCUUUCUCAACAGCAUAUUCGUCAACUUUUUACGUAUGGUUUGACUUAUGUCUCAAUCGAUCACCAUCGCUUGAAGGAAUAUCGCAAGCAAGUCAAUACAUUUACAUUUAACAGGAAGCAAACAUAUCUUUCAGAGAACUUGUAUUUCUCAACUAACCAUUUGCAAGCUGUCCGAACAAUCGAAGGAACUGACCAAUCAGUAGUUGAAUUCUUUGGAAAUCAAACUUAUUUAACCUUAGAAAAAUCCACUGAACCAUGGGAAGAAUUCACAUUUGUUUUAGAUAUUUUAAUAUCAGAAUUUCCAAAAACGAAUGAGCAAAUUACCUUGAUAACAAUACCGAGUUCGUCAUCAAGUAUAUUUAUCAAUGACAAUGGCUAUCUUUGUUUAUCAACUGGUAUCCAAAGUCAAUCUGUUUUAAAACGAAAUGAUUUUCUGCGCUUCGCCAUUGUUGGCAAUCAUACUUCUUUAAAAAUCUUUGUUAAUGGUACGUUGGAAAUUGAUACCGUCGUUGACGAGAAACAAUGGACGAUCAAAGACACUCACAUUGAUCUCUUUCGAGAAACGAAGAAUACUCUGAAUAAUGAUACACUUCGAAUCGUAUGUAAAUCGCUGACAUAUUCAAAUAAAGCGAUAACGAUUCUCGACGGAAAAUUCAAUUCGCCAAAAUAUUCUCUAGAUGCCCUUACUGUAUUUCCAUAUUCAAUCGUUGCACCCAGUCUUCUAUUAAUUGGCUAUGAUGAAGCAUCCAUUCAAUCCGCUAUCACCCAUAAUCCAUUAGCUAGUAUUCAAUUGCUCGAUACGAUCUUACGCGAAAAGAGAAAAACAAAUGAUGAAGUUCUGUCCAAUUUCAAGCACCUUAUCAGUCUACCUGACAUCGACGCCGACCAAUCAUUUGAUAAUGUAGCGGAAAUUAUCUUCACUCAUCGAAAUGAUCUACCAACACUGACAUUGUUGGAUAAAUCGAUUACGAAUGAUAAGAAAUGGUUUUCUCAAACAGUUCAACAUUUAGGUAUUAAGGAAAGUUUGAUCGACUGGGUUCGCGACAAAUCCCAGCUCGCCAAUGAUACUGAUUCUCUGCAUCAACUAUUCGAUUUCAAUCAUCCACUGCAGGAUCAGACAAUGAAAUGUAACUCUCGAUAUACACUAAUUCAUUAUUCUCAUCGGCAGAUCACUGAGUCUCAGUAUGUUCAAUCACGUUUUGCUUGCGAACGUGAACUUAUCUCCAUCUAUGCUCAUUAUACAAUCUUGAAUAUAUUGAGAUUUUGGUCGACAGACACGACGAAUCCUAUUCCAUUAGGAGUUUUCGGUGAUUAUACGUUUAUUAUUACAUUGUUGAAAUUGUUAGAUUAUCAUUAUACGUACACGCGUUCAUCUCUCGAUGAUCAGAUCGAUCGAAUGAGCUUGGUGAUAACAUCAAUAUUGAAAACGGAGGUUAAUGAAUUACGAAAAUAUCAGAAUGAAAAUUCCAGUCAAUUCAAUAAUGAAAUCUUUCAAAGGAAAGCUCCUUUACUCUAUCAAUUGCAAAAAGAUAUGAUUCAUCAGUGGAUUCAACUUCUAUCGGAACCGGCUAAGAUAAUUUCUGAUAGUGACGACGAUGAAAUAAAUCUCAUCAACAAACAAUCGAUCAUUCAACAGCCAAAUUUGAGAUAUCUGCUCAAACUUUUUCAUAUAUUUCUUAAACUUUCUCUUGAUGAUACAGAGUUCUUCAUUCCACUAUUAUUUCCUGCAUUAUUUAUUGACCUAUUAUUCGACAUUUUCCUCCUAAGUCAAACCUAUCAAACGAAAAGCUUCGUUUUACACUUGUUUUGCAUGUUGCUUCAGCAAAGUGAACAUUUUCGUUUGUGCCAUCAGAUUCAAUCGUUUUUAUUCCGUUUAUUUAUUGAGAUACCGCCGAGUGCAACAUCGGCAAGCAGUCGUCGAAUGAAAACAUUUCAAAUCAACCUGAUGGAUAUCGUUUACCUACUUAUUCGAAGAGGAGAUCAAGAAUUGGAUUUAUCACCGAAUUUCCAAGACGUUUUCUCAACAAUUGAGCUGAUCGAUACUUUAUUUGGAAAAGCGAAUCUGUCCACCAAUGUAACGGACACGUCAUCUUGUUACUUUGAUCCGAUUGCUGAUCAACAGCUAAUGAGUUUUCUCAACAAUUAUCCGUCGAUUGGAUUGUCAAUUACUGAGCUAAUCGAUAGUCUACCAAAUGAAGAAGUUCCAAAUUCAAAUUACUACAAAAUCUAUCCAUCUCUAUCGCAUAUAUCUGCACUGCAUAUAAAGAAACGCUGUGAAUUAAUCCAUCGUUUCAAUUUAUCUCUAACAAAAAUAAUACCAAUUUUAGAUUUCAACUUGCUACCAAAUCAAAGCGUCCUCAUUGACAAAAUACGUCUUGCUCGACUAUAUAUUUUACAUCCAAUCAAAUCUGAGUUUCUCAAUUCAUCAAUACUUGCUACUGCAACUGCACCAACUCAAAUCUUAAGCGUCAACUUCGAUACCGUCAGUGCUUGCGAUGUUCACAGAACGAGUACAUCGACGAUGUUCAAUCAAGCAUAUGAGCAGCUCUAUGCCAAUGCUCAUCACAUUUUUCGCAUGCCAAGCGAUCAUCUAUGGCGAGCACAAUAUAUUGGCAUGCAUAGUACUGACCAAGGUGGUCCUUAUCGUGACUCGAUCACACGUAUAUGUGCCGAUAUAUGUAGUAGUUAUCUGCCAUUGUUUAUUUUAUGUCCGAAUGGGAGAAUGAAUAAUGGUUUGAACCGUGAUCGCUGGAUUCCGAAUGUAUUUUCGCCGUAUCAAUCAAUUCCGGAUAAAAUUAAGAAACAAUAUCAAUUCGUUGGCCAAUUGAUGGGAAUGGCUAUUCGAAGGAAACAUUAUUUAGAUCUGAAAUUUCCGGAUUUGUUAUGGAAGCAGUUAGUUCAUGAGUCGAUUACACUAGAAGAUAUUGAAUCGAUCGAUGUCCAAAGUUUCACAAUGAUCAAUGAAAUAGAAAAGGCCAUGAAACAGAUGGAAUCCAUCGAGAAUAUCGACGAAUUGUUUUCUAGUAUGAUGGGUGAUCUUCGAUUCGAAGUUGUAAGCUCAGCUGGACAAACCUACGAAAUAAUUCCUGAUGGAAAAGAGGUACUGAUUACAACAAAGAAUUUCAGAGAUUAUUGCCACACUUACCGUGAAUAUCGCCUGAAUGAAUUUCGACGACAGAUUGAAUUCAUUCGACAAGGUUUGUAUAAUAUAGUUCCUGGUUGUUAUUUGACUCUGUUCACCGCUCACGAAUUGGAAGAGGCAGUAUGUGGAAAAGGGCAUAUCGAUAUUGAACUACUAAAACGAAACACCAGUUAUGAUGGUGAUUAUAGUAUCGAUUCGCCAACGAUUCAGCAAUUUUGGACUGUGAUAAGUGAUAUGAUGAAUGAAGAACAGAAAAAGUUAUUUCUAAUUUUUGUUUGGGGACGAUGUACAUUACCUAAUCGAGAUGAUGAUUUCACCACUCAGUUUACUAUCAGUCCAUACGAUACUGAUGAUGGUGAUGUCGAUAAAACACUACCGAAUUCACAUACAUGUUCAUUUGCACUUGAUUUGCCGAGAUACUCUACAGCUGACAUCAUGUAUGAACGCUUAAAUUAUGCGAUUACUUAUUGUUCAAGUAUCGAUGGUGAUGGUAUGAUCAAUGAUAUUCCCGCUGCUGCAGAAUUCGAUUCAGAUCUUAGUGCUAGCGAACAAUAA